CUGUGGGAAGUAUAUGGUGAUCGAAGAUGUCUACGAACAUUUAUUGGACAUAGCAAAGCUGUUAGAGACAUCUGUUUUAAUAAUGCUGGCACUCGGUUUCUCAGUGCUGCGUAUGACCGCUACCUUAAACUCUGGGACACUGAAACAGGGCAAUGUAUUUCAAGAUUCACAAACAGGAAGGUUCCUUAUUGUGUCAAGUUCAAUCCUGAUGAAGAUAAACAAAAUCUCUUUGUUGCAGGAAUGUCAGAUAAGAAAAUUGUGCAGUGGGAUAUUCGAAGUGGUGAGAUUGUGCAGGAAUAUGAUAGGCAUUUGGGAGCUGUCAACACCAUUGUGUUUGUGGAUGAAAAUAGAAGGUUUGUGAGUACAUCUGAUGACAAGAGUUUAAGAGUCUGGGAAUGGGACAUUCCUGUAGACUUUAAGUAUAUCGCAGAGCCAAGUAUGCAUUCAAUGCCAGCUGUGACUUUGUCUCCAAAUGGGACAUGGUUGGCUUGCCAGCCGAUCGAUAACCAAAUUCUGAUUUUUGGAGCUCAGAACAGAUUCAGAUUAAACAAAAAGAAAAUUUUCAAAGGUCACAUGGUAGCAGGCUACGCUUGUCAAGUGGAUUUUUCGCCUGACAUGAGCUAUGUGAUAUCUGGAGAUGCAGAUGGAAAACUUAACAUCUGGGACUGGAAGACAACAAAACUCUACAGCAGAUUAAAAGCACAUGAUAAAGUCUGUAUCGGUGCAGUGUGGCAUCCACACGAAACAUCUAAAGUCAUUACGUGUGGCUGGGAUGGUCUUAUUAAACUAUGGGACUAAAGAGGAUGCUUCAAAGAUCUCAAGAUGUAAGAUCUCCUGCAUGCAUCUGAGAUUAGAAUGAAUUCUGUAAGGAUAGGUAGAGGUUUGUAAUACUGCAGUUCUCAGCUAGCUGUGUGUAUGCACUAAAACAUGGGAAAUCUUCUCAAGACCCAGCUGAAAGGAUUUACUUUCAAUAUGACCUCUGGGUAUGAGAAGCUGAGGUCAUCUGAAGCAUGCAGAAUCAAGUGCUAAUUUGUCAUGUCACUGUUUGUGAAAAACACUCUUGUAAAAUAAAGUAAUUUUAAGAAAAACUA